AUUUUUAGUGAUUUCAUCUGAGGAUCCGCUAAUAAAUUCGCCAUAGAGAUCAAUCGGUUUUGAUAGUCAAUCCGAACAGGUGUUCUAGGCUCAUGACAAAUAUGUGAUCGGUCUCUGUCUAGAGAUAACCCGGGAUGGGAAGUUUUUGUGAUGUCGUAAUUAUUUGCUCACGAUAAUGUGGCUCUGGGAGUAUAUAAGAAGAUUGAAAAACGCAUUCUCUAAAAGACAAUUUUGAAGGAACCCAAGUUGGCUCAUAUCCUCGCUCCUCGCCUUUAUCGAUUGGCCCAACAACAACAACCAUGAAGACUUUCACUUCUGCCUUGAUCGGUGCUGCUGCAUUGGCACAGAACGUCAAUUCCUCUCCUGUUUCUGGUCCUGCUGGACUGGAAUUCCCCAAUGUGACCGGGUUGAUGAAUCAUACCGUUCACGUUUCCAACGGCGGAUCAGCCCAUUGCGUCUCCGGCACCGUUAAAGUCAACGCAACAACCGACAAAAACCUCAAGUUCGCGUACAACUUGCCCUCUAAUCAGUCGCAAGUAACUCAGACACUCGUCCGCCUGUGGUCGUCAGGCGGGGAUGGCUACGUGAAAUCCCUCACGAGCGGCACCCAACGGGUCACCGGCAGCUACGAUAUCGAGGCGACCUAUUGUCUGCCUGCAGGCGAAAACUCAAAGACAACCAAGGUCCAGCUCCUCACGCACGGUAUUGGCGUGGACCGCCACUACUGGGACUUUGCCUCGGGAUACAGCUACGUCGACACCGCCGCGGCCGCAGGGUAUGCCACAUUCCUGUACAACCGUCUCGGCGUUGGCGCAUCGUCAAAGGAAGACCCAUUGAAUGCCGUGCAAUCGCCACUUGAGCUGGAGAUUCUCGCGGCACUGGCAAGCAAACUUCGCCAAGGUACUCUUGGUGACCGCGCCUUUUCGACUGUCGUGGGUGUAGGCCACUCGUUUGGGAGCAUCCUGACCCAGGGUGUCACCGCGGCUUACCCAAAGACCCUCGACGCCGCAGUGCUGACGGGAUUUACACUCAAUUCGGACGGUCUGCCUGGUUUUGGCCUGGGUCUUAAUGCAGCCAUUGCCUCGGAAACCCAGCCAUACCGCUUCAGUGGGCUCUCUGCUGGAUACCUUGUCGCUGGGACGCCCGUGUCGAAUCAGAUUGCGUUUUUCUACGACCCGGGUUUUGACCCCGAAAUCCUAUCACUGGCAGAUGCCACCAAGGGAAGCUUCACUCUGGGUGAACUUUUCACGUUAACGCACGUUCUCAAUGCAACAAGCGAAUUCCAAGGUCCCGUUGCGGUCGUUGCUGGAAAUGAAGAUUUGCCUUUCUGUAACGGAAACUGCAGUUCUCCGACCAAUAUUUUGGCUGACCUUGUGCCUGCGCUGUAUCCGGAAGUAUCAGAGAAGGAUAUUGCUACCUAUGUGGCUCCUGCUGUAGGUCACGCCUUGAACUUGCAUUAUGCGGCGCCGGGUGCUUUCAACUUCAUUCAGGACUUUCUCAAGAAGCACAAUGUGUAAGGGUCGAGACUAGGGGCAUGAGACCUAUGAAGACCACGGCAUACUGCAGGCAGAAGUGUUCUGGGCUUGACUGCGAGCUCUGUCAUCAUUGAUGUCUGCGCUAGUGGUAGUCGUCUGUAAUAAAGGCAAGAGAUUCAGAUGUUUGUUGAAGAUAAAUAGGGGGGUUGUAAAUUACAAGAACAAUAAUUCCACGUUUUCUAUAAGAGGUUCCGCCUUGUUUUUGUUUAGGUAUCUAUGUUUACUACUCCUCGAGUGUUAGUUAUUGUUUAUGUAUGCUUACUCAGA